UAUCCUAGCGUUGCCAGCCGAGGCCGAGACGCAUUUCUCCCUCGUGUCUCGCCGAUGUUGGAGCCCCGCUGUGCUUCCUCCUCCUUUCCCGCGCGUCCUUCGCAGCCCCGUCCCGACCUUCGGCCUGGCGAAAGCAGCGCGACGAUACACGCGGUCGCAUUCCACCGUGCUCUCUCUCUCUCUCUCUCUCUCUCUCUCGGCCGAGCGCAAUUCCCGUUAUCGAAGGAAACAGCCUGCCGUUUGUCCGGUCGUUGCUCAACCGCCUGCCUACCUGCUCUACCUCACGUCCCUCCUCCUAUUCAUCCGGCGGCCGAGUUUCUUCUCCUUCGGCCGAGCCUGUCCUCUCACGUCAUCUCGUCUCCUCGUCCCUCGGCCGCGUUUUCCCCGGGUCUUAUCUGGAGCAGCGGCCCUGAACGAUAAGAGCGACAGUGUCAGGGUCAGUGUGCGAGUGGGGCAAACGGGAGAAACGCGGCGGCGUGAAGCGAAGAGAGUGCGGUGCGGUGCAGUGCGGGCGGAAAGAGGGUGGCACUCGUCUGUUGUGCGUCGUCCCAUUGCCAUCUGUCUCCAGCGAGGGUCUCGAGUUGUCGCUUGUGUUGUCGUCCCGGACGAUCAUGUCCCUCAUCGUCGACUGCUUCCGCCGCCUGACGGACUCGCCGUGCAAAAACGAGCUCAGAGGCUACAAAGUGACGGAUGUAAGUCGCUCGCGAAAGUUCGGCAUCGCCUGUCGGAGCCUACACGACCUCAAGCGAAAGGCCUGCACGAAGCUGAACAUCCCUAACGACCCGGCGGAAGUGAAUGUUUUUCUCGUGGACGGCUCGCUGAUCGACGAGGAAUACUUCCAUACGCUGGAACCGCAGUCCAUGCUGAUCCUGCAGAAGCCGGGAGAGAAGAUGUUAUCCGACGCAGACAUCCUGUACGAUGCGCUGAGACGCGUGAACAUCGAUUUCCUCGUCGCCGGCGACAGAGUGGCACAAUUCCUGACGGAAAAUCUCAAGGCGAAAGUCGCCGUGUUGAACAGCGUGUUGAACAAGGACGACUCCAAGACGGCGUUCAGCACGAGGGACGAGCACCCUGAGUGGUUCACAGGUUUGGAGACCAAUUACACGACUAAGAGCAAGGAAGCGUACAUGCACCGCAGGUGUCAAGACAGGAUACGGGGUUACCUCUACAAGACGAUCGAGCAGAUCAAAUGCUCAGACGUGUAUAUGAACAAUCACAAGGCGCGACAGCAGCUGCUGCACGCGAUCGCCUUCUUCAAGGUCCAGCUGAAGGAGGAUCAUUAUUUCGGUUACUACUUCGACCGGAGCAGAGCCAAGACUGAGUCUGACGGCGACGGUAGCGACGAGACCGACGCCAGUCUGUGUUACGAGCAUUGUCCUUGCAAACUCGCCGGCAUCGACAAUGAGAGGUACCUCCAGUCGCCCGUCGAUUCGGCCAAAAUCGAAGAUGAGACGGACGCGAGGCAGCUGAAUCAGUCUGCGAAGAAAGGGACGAAGGACGAGCAACCGGAGAGUUGCCCGUAUUGCGUUAAAUCGCGAGGCAGGAACGAGCAGACGGCCAUUUGCGACAACAAGGGUGAAUUUCGGUGCGAAGGCCGCUGGAACAUGGACGACUGCGCCUACGGCGAUAGACACAAGAUCAAUCCGUACAGAUCCAAGGAGGAAUUCGUUCUGUUCUCCACGUGGAACUUGGAUCACAAGAUCGAAAGGUCAAGAACGCUCGUGCCCAAGUUACUGCAAAUCUCGCUGCAGGACAUAAUCAACGAGCAGGACAUCUACGACUGUUACGACAAUCUGUUCACCGUGAAGAACUUGAAACUAGUCCACAUCGUGUGCCACGAUAAGGGCUUGCACAAAUAAGCGGCGGGAAAAGCAACAGACAAGGGAUGAAAGCGAGAGAUGCCAAAGAGUAAUCGUAAACGUGUAUCGAGAUACGUAAUACGUAGAGCGACUCCUCAUACACACACACACACACACACACAGAGAUCUUUGCGAACAAGUAAAGUUUAAGCGCUGUUGAUAGAGAAUAGAUCUAGCGAUUAUUAAUGUUACAGUCGGGUGUACUUCCGUUGCGGCAUACGAAACAUUAAGCAAUAAUGUUAGCGGCGAGACUUUCGUCGAAGCUUCAACCGAUACGCAACUUUACGUCGAUCUCGCUCAAGGUAGAACGAUCAGUUUCUCGAGGGCGAAUAAUUCUGGACACGCUAGUCGAGAGAGAAGAAGGAAAACUCGACAUUUACAUUCCGUUCAUAUUAUUUCGCGCGACGCGAGAGGAAUUGUCUAAGCAGAGAGAGAGAGAGAGAGAGAGAGAGAGAGUCGCAAGUCUGUGAUUGCGCUCAGUCUGAAAGAUCGCUCGACGAGCAAUUCGAUUUCGAUUUUGGAAGAACAUCCGAGGAUGCACGCAUAUUUACGCGAGAGUUUCUGGCGUGGACGUCGCGCCG